AUGAAGAUAUAUUUCGCGAGCUCCAAUAUUUCCAAAUUUGAAGAAAUGCGAGUACUUUUACCGUUUAACUUACAUUAUUUGGAAUUGGAUACAAAUGAAGUGCAAGGCACUUCUGAGGACAUCAUCAACCAUAAGAUUCAUCGGGCCAAACGGGAAGAAAUUGUAGCAGGCAGUGCCCUGCUUGUUGACGAUAAUUGCUUAGCAUUGGAGGGAUUGCAUGGAUUCCCUGGUGUGUAUAUCAAGGAUUUUUUGAACAUAGGAUUCGACAACAUUGAGGACAUUGUCCAAAAAGUUGGUCGAAAUGCAACUGCUCGCUGCUAUUUGGGACUUUAUUGCAAUGAUAAGGUCAAAAUAUUUACUGGAAGCGUUAACGGAGAAAUUGUGCCGCGUAGAGCAGGCCGUUGUUUUGGGUUUGAUUCGAUAUUCCUGCCUGACGGGAAGGACAAAACUUUUUCAGAAAUGGGCGGGGAGGAGAAGAACCAAAUCAGUCACAGGGGUAUGGCGUCUAAGGCCAUGGUGGAUUAUCUAAGAUCAGGAAAUUUACUCUGCGUAUUUGAAUAA